GUUGUUGUAUAGCCAAUAAUAUUCCUUCCAAUUUACCCUGUUCAGAGAUCUUUGCCGCAUUUAUAUAUGCUUUCAUUUCCUCUCUGUGUCCAUCUUUAUUAUAGCCAGCCGAUUUUUCUUUGAUAUAUAUACAUCUAACCCUCUUUAUCCAUCUCUGAGACUAGCAUUUCCGUGAAACUCGUCGGCUAAUUUCUAGCUAAUUCUCCCGUGAUGAGCUCAAGAUCAUCGAGGAGGUCAAGGUCGAUGAUGUCUCACAGAACUGCAGUUCGCCAGUACAACAAAUCCGAUCACCCCCGUCUUCGGUGGACACCCGAGCUUCAUGAACACUUUGUCGAAGCCGUGGAUCAACUUGGGGGAAAGAAUAAUGCAACUCCUAAACGGAUUCUGCAGGCGAUGAGGGUGGAAGGAUUGCAGAUUUCUCAUAUCAAGAGCCAUCUUCAGAUGUAUCGAAGCAGCAGUAAGGAUCUCGGUGACAUUGACAUCCUUAAUCCAUUAACUGACCGAUGCUUAUAUGGAAGAAGAAAUACGGGCUCGGAGCAUCUUGGGAUCAUCACCAGUUGCCUUCAGCAAGACAGGAUUGGGAGAGAUUAUUACAAUGGCACACAUUACCUAGGAGUUCCAAUAUCUUUGGGAGGUCGAAAUUGGAGCUCUCAGACAGAAGAAGACAUCGAUAUGAAUGUUAGCCUCGAGGAAGAAAUGUGUUUCUCGAAGGACGAAGAAAAUCGGGAUGAUCAGGAGCUGAGUGAAAACUGUGAACUCUCACUGUCUUUCAAUUCAUCAGUUGUGGCGCAAAGUGGAGAAGACAAAGAGUCAUCGUCGUGGCCACAUUUAGAAGAUCAUUCCUUGCAUUCUAACUCUCCCUCCCCUCACAUUAAUUUGGACCUAACCAUCUAAGUAAAUUAUUUUUCCAUAAUCAUUAUUAUUACUAUUUUCAUCAUUCACGUCAUAUAUUGAUAUGAUUAUUCCCUUCAUUUUCAUGUAACAAUAAUAUUAUUAUCACAACUAUUGUAAUAGCUUAGACAAUUUUUAUUACUCGGGAAGUUGGUUGUACAUUAAUUCAUGAGGAGAUCUAAUAAUUUAAUUUGGGCCUUUUUAGCUCUGAUGU